AGAAUAAAAAAAUUUAUUGAUUUUGAUAAUAAACAAUAAUUAUAAACUGAAAUUAAUAUAUAAAUGGAGCGUUAAUUAAGAUUUUAUAUGAUUUAAAAUAAACUUUUUAUAUGUUUUAUUCUAUGAAAAGGCAAAGAUCUGUAAUGCAAGUUGUCUACGCCUAAUUUCACGGCAUAAACAAGAGACAAGUUCUUUAACGUUUGUCUCUUGCGCGAACAGCAGGAGAAUCCUGUUAUUUCUCCUUUUCAGAAAAGCAAACGGGAAAACGGUUUAUCCAUUUUAUCCUGUAUGCAAAGACAAGCAUCGGUCACGGAAAUUCGUCACGACAAACGCCGAUUGUGUUUAAAUCAAUGGUGGGGAUCAAUGAGUAACAUACCAGUUUAGAGUGCGUAUAGGUGUCUGUUAGUGAAUACGGAAACGUACCGUCAGUGUUUAAUUUUUUUUGGGAAAUUAGUGUGAAAAUUUGUGAAUUUUAUUUUAAACGUUAGAUAAUUACAAAAAUCAACAAAGAAAAAUGUCUAAAAAACCAACAAUUCAACCAGCUCUUCAUAAAGUAAUCAUGGUCGGAAGUGGUGGUGUAGGAAAAUCAGCCCUAACGUUACAAUUUAUGUAUGAUGAGUUCGUCGAAGAUUAUGAACCAACCAAAGCUGAUUCUUAUAGAAAAAAAAUCUUGUUAGAUGGAGAAGAUGUUCAGAUAGAUAUUUUAGAUACUGCUGGUCAGGAAGAUUACGCUGCUAUUAGGGAUCAUUAUUUUCGUAGUGGUGAAGGGUUUUUGUGUAUAUUUUCAAUAACAGAAGAUGAAAGUUUUCAAGCUACUCAAGAAUUCAGGGAACAAAUUUUACGUGUGAAAAAUGAUGAAAACAUUCCUUUCUUAUUAGUCGGAAAUAAGUGCGAUUUGGAGGAAAAAAGAAAAGUAUCUUUUCAAGAAGCAAGUGAGAGAGCUAAUCAAUGGGGUGUACCUUAUGUUGAAACAUCAGCAAAAACUAGAGAACAUGUAGAUAAGGUAUUUUUCGAUUUGAUGAGGGAAAUUCGAGCGAGGAAAAUAUCAGACAACAAGAUCAAUAAUGGCAAGGGAAAGGAUAAAAGCAGUAAAAAGAAAUUAAAGUGUGUAAUACUGUAACUGUUAUAUUUUCUGUACUGGAGAGGUGUGCGUGUACUCGUCGUGUCCCAUAAAUGCUUAUAAAUUCG